UCAGGGUGGACCUGUGUGAGGUGGGAGUGUAUCCUCAUUUCACGGGAGUAAACCACCGGAGGUCUGCGGCUCUGUCGGUGCUCGGUCCGCUGUAACGUUCGUCCCGGUCGGGUGUUUGUGUCGCGGGUACCGGACAGUGUCGGUGAGACGGUGUCGGUGAUGGAGGACGCGGCGGAGUGCGGGGUGUGCGGGGUGAAGGUGAUGUGUCGCUUCAGGCCGCUCAACGACGCGGAGCGGAGCCGUGGAGACAAAUACAUCCCGAAAUUUAACGGAGAGGACACGGUGGUGGUGGCGGGGAAGCCGUAUGUGUUUGACAGAGUCCUCCCUCCGAACACUGAACAGGUUCAGGUGUACGACACCUGCGCAAGACAGAUCGUCAAAGAUGUGUUGGGAGGAUACAAUGGGACCAUCUUUGCUUACGGUCAGACGUCAUCAGGAAAGACUCACACCAUGGAGGGGAAUCUGCACGACCCUCAUGUGAUGGGGAUCAUCCCUCGUAUUGCCAGAGACAUCUUUGACCACAUCUACUCCAUGGAUGAAAACCUGGAGUUUCACAUCAAGGUCUCUUAUUUUGAAAUCUAUCUGGAUAAAAUCCGAGACCUACUGGACGUGUCGAAGACAAACCUGGCCGUUCACGAGGACAAAAACAGGGUUCCUUUUGUCAAGGGCUGCACGGAGCGUUUUGUUUCCAGUCCUGAUGAAGUGAUGGACGUCAUCGAUGAGGGAAAAGCAAACAGACACGUUGCCGUCACCAACAUGAACGAGCACAGCUCUCGCAGUCACAGUAUCUUUCUGAUCAACAUCAAGCAGGAGAACGUGGAGACGGAGCUCAAACUGUCUGGGAAACUUUACCUGGUCGACCUGGCAGGCAGCGAGAAGGUGAGUAAAACUGGAGCAGAAGGCUCCGUGUUGGACGAAGCCAAGAACAUCAACAAGUCUCUUUCUGCUCUGGGGAACGUCAUCUCUGCUCUGAGUGAAGGAACGAAAACGCACGUCCCGUACAGAGACAGUAAGAUGACUCGGAUCCUUCAGGACUCUCUGGGAGGAAACUGUCGGACCACCAUCAUCAUCUGCUGCUCUCCUUCUGUUUACAACGAGGCUGAAACCAAGUCCACCCUCAUGUUUGGACAGAGAGCUAAAACCAUAAAGAACACAGUGUCGGUGAACCAGGAGCUGACUGCUGAGGAGUGGAAGAAGAAGUACGAGAAGGAAAAAGAGAAGAACAGGAGUCUGAACAUCACGAUACAGAAACUGGAGAACGAGCUGAAACGCUGGAGGAAAGGUGAGUCUGUACCUGUGGAGGAGCAGCUGAGCAGAAACAAGAAAACCAGCAGUGAGACGACAGCAGUGAUUGACAGCCUGGCCCCACCCCCCGCCCCCCUGUCAGACGAAGAGAAGACGCAGUAUGAGACGCUGAUCACAGACCUGUACCAUCAGCUGGAUGACAAGGAUGAGGAGAUCAACCAUCACAGUCAGACGGCUGAAAAAUUCAAACAGCAGCUGAUGGAUCAGGACGAGCUGUUGCUGUCGAGCCGUCAGGACUAUGAGCGUGUGCAGGGGGAGCUGUCACGGCUGCAGAGGGACAGUGACUUGGCCAAAGAAGAGGUGAAGGAGGUGCUGCAGGCGCUGGAGGAGCUCGCUGUCAACUACGACCACAAGAGCCAAGAGGUGGAGACCAAGAACCGCUGCAACCAACAGCUGAACGAAGAGCUGGCACACAAAACUGUGAGUCUGGAGACGGUUCAGAGGGAGCUGUCCACCCUGCAGGAGGUCAGUUCUCACUAUAAGAAGAGGUCAGCAGAGAUCCUCAGUCUGCUGCUCAGAGACCUCAGUGACAUCGGCAGCGUACUCGGAACCACCGACCUCAGAGCUAUGACGGAGACGAGCGGCGUGAUGGAGGAGGAGUUCACCACCACUCGUCUCUACAUCAGCAAGAUGAAGUCUGAGGUCAAAUCUCUGGUGAACCGCAGCAAACAGCUGGAGCUCAACCUGACGGAGAACAUGUGCAAGAUGGAGGCCAACGAGAAGGAGCUCAACACCUGCCAGCUGCUCGUCUCUCAGCUCCAGGCGAAGAUUGUGUCUCUGUCAGACGACCUUCAGAGGGUGGAGCAGAAGAAGAGGAAGCUGGAGGAGAGUCAGGACUCUCUGAUGGAGGAGAUCGCCAAACUCCAUGCUCAAGGUCAGAUGCAGGAGCUGACGGUGAUGGACAAAGAGAAGGAACACAUGAGCAGACUGAAGGACGCUGUCGAGAUGAAGAGAACUCUGGAGGAACAGAUGGAGAACCACAGAGAGGUUCACCACAAACAGCUGAGUCGCCUCCGAGAUGAGAUUGAGCAGAAGCAGAGAGACGUCGACCAACUCAAAGAUGUGAACCAGGCUCUGCAGCUGGAGAACAGGAAGCUGCAGUCGGACUUUGACAAACUGAAGGCUGAGGAUCAGAACAAAGACCAGAGACUCCAGAAGCUGAUGUUCCUGAAUGAAAAGAGAGAACAAGCCAAAGAGGAUCUGAAGGGUCUGGAGGAGACGGUGGCCAAAGAGCUGCAGACGCUGAACCACCUGCGUAAAGUCUUCAUCCAGGACCUCGGUACUCGAGUCAAGAACAGUUCAGAGAACGACUGUGACGAGGCCGGCGGCAGUCUGGCUCAGAGACAGAGGAUCAUCUUCUUAGAGAACAACCUGGAGCAGCUCAGCAAGGUUCACAAACAGCUGGUGCGGGACAAUGCUGACCUUCGCUGUGAACUGCCCAAGCUGGAGAAGCGUCUGCGUGCCACAGCAGAGCGAGUGAAAGCUCUGGAAGCCGCCCUGAGAGACGCCAAGGAGGCGGCUGUGAGGGACCUCAAACGCUACCAACAGGAAGUGGACCGCAUCAAAGAGGCCGUCCGCUCUAAGAACGUCUCCAGGAGAGGACACUCUGCUCAGAUAGCCAAGCCAAUCAGAGCUGGUCAUCAGCACCAUCAGCACCCGUCCUCCUCCACAUCCAUCAGGCCGACCAUCCGAGGAGGCGGGGCGAUGUCCAGUCCACGUCAUCAGUACCCCCGACAGCAACAACCACAGCAACUACAACCCCAUCAGAGCCACAGCAAGUAGGCUACAGGUAGCUCACACACCUCUGGAUCACUUUCCUUUUCUGUGGAUCUUUGAAUUUCUGAACUGUCCUGCUCUCACCACUUCUGCCUUUACUGGAACCAGACCUCUUGUUUCCACAACUGUCAACCAUAACAGCCAUUCCACCUUAACAGCCAACAAGUGCUUUCUUUCCUCCUCUGAGUCUGUUCAGCUGUCUGACUCUGCCUUUUGUUUUUCCGACAGAAAUCAGUCAGCUCUGGUGCUUUGAGUCUGUUUGUCUUUGUUCACUGACAAGUUUAAUGUGUUUAAUAAGAAGUUUAUUAAGAUAAGUGACAGUUUAAUAAUAAGUUAAAUAAGUAGAUUUCAGGUUUCUGUCUAAAGCUAACAGGAGUUGGAUGAUAAUACAGUGAUGUUGAUAGGUCCUGACGCAUUAAAAUCUGUAAGGACGCAGUGAACUCACUACGUUUCCUAAAGGCUACGUUGUGAACAUCACACUAUGAAAACUGCGUUGAAAGCUUGGCGCUAAUUAUGUUAAAAGUAUAUGUCAUGUUACUGAAACCUCCUGAAACCUAUCACCAUCACUGACAAUAUGUAGGCAAAUAUCUUUAUGGCCGACAGACAUUGAUCCAUGUGUCGUUAUGGAAAAUCAGCAUGUUCGGAAAAAUUAAAGCAGCUGUGCGGAACUUUACGUUUUCGUUGAUUAUAGCACCCCCUUUGGUCGAAGCGGUAUGACACC